GGCCUGGCGAGCUGCGACUGCGGCGUCUGCUCGGCCUGCGACGCGGGCUACUACUUGGACGGCGAGAAAUGCGUGACGGCGCACCCCGCGGGCGACCAGUGCGCGUCCCACGACCAGUGCGCUUCCGGCGCGUGCCGCGGCGGCCGGUGCUGCGACCUCGAGCGGCUAGAGAUUCCGGAAGAUCCCAUGGACCCCUCGGGGACGCCGAGCGCGGCCGCGUGCCUCGACUGCAACUCGCGGGGCCUCUGCGACGUGUGCGACGCGGGCUACACGCUCUGCGGGCACACGGAGAGCGGCGGGAGCGGCGGCGGCUUCGGCAUGUGCUUCCCGACGAGCGCGGCCGGGUCCGUGACGCGCUUCGCGUGCGGCGGGGACGCGGACGCGGACUGGAGCCCUGCGAGCCCGGACGGGUACAACUACUGCGCGAUGGCCGGCUACUGCCCCUGCAGCUCGUCGGGCUGCGGCUACCAGUGCCUCAUCGACCAGACGUGCUGGGAGAACUCGAUCUCGGGCAACGGGCUGACGGACUACGAGCCCGUGUUCUACGGCGCCUGCGAUGACAUCGGCGACUGGGUCGGCCGCGACUCCGAGGACGGCGCGACGUGCGCGUCCGUGGCCGAGGAUCCCGACGGCCGCUGCGUCGAGUCGUCGGGCGAAGCUACGACCGUGACCUCGGGCGACGCCUGCAAGGCGACCUGCGGCGAUUGCCC